CCUCAUUUGACAAUAUUGUUGCUGUGGUUUUUUUCAGAAGAACUAUGAGGAACUGAGAAUGUGAGAUGACAGUAAGAAGAUGUCGUCCUCUGAGUAGAUCCCACUGCAUACAUGUGAUGUAGGAACGUGUCUGUCCAGGGACUCAGGAGAAACAAGGACGAUGUCAGACAACAACGAUGUGUGGGAGUCCCCCGGCAGUGGGACGAGGGACAAGCUUGAGGACAAAAAUGACACGGGAGGAUUCUCUGAGCAUGAGCUCCUUGACAUCAUGUAUAACACAUGCAACAACUCCAAUUCAGGAGAGGUGUUGGCCUCCACCAUCGUCCAGUACCUGCAGAACAUGACAGCUCAGAGUACGGAGCAGGACAGACUGGCUGCUCUGCAGCAGCUGCUCGACCCAGAGAAUCAGGACCCACUUGUGACUAGAGAGACGUUCCACGCCACCAUGAGGGAUUGGAUCGCCCAGUGCAGCCAGGACAGGUGA